AUGAAUCGACACUUCAGUUCUAGGUCUGGGUACCGGAGCGGAGGGGGCUUUAGCUCUGGCUCUGCCGGAGUGGUCAGCUUCCAACGCAGGAGCACUAGCAGCUCUGUGCGCCACAGUGGGGGAGGUGGCGGGAGAUUUGCAGGGGGAAGAUGUGGAGGCGGUGGUGGCGGUGGUGGUUUUGGAAGUCGGAGCCUUGUCAACCUUGGUGGCAGUAAAAGUAUCUCCAUAAGUGUGGCCAGAGGAGGUGGACGUGGUGGCUUUGGGAGUGGUUAUGGUGGUGGUGGCUUUGGCGGUGGUGGCUUCGGAGGUGGUGGCUUUGGUGGUGGUUAUGGUGGUGGUGGCUUUGGGGGUGGUGGCUUUGGGGGUGGUGGCUUUGGGGGUGGUGGUUUUGGUGGAGGUGGUUUUGGUGGAGGUAGUUUUGGGCCUGUCUGCCCUCCUGGUGGCAUACAGGAAGUCACCAUCAACCAGAGCCUUCUGCAACCCCUUAAUGUGGAGAUUGACCCCGAGAUCCAAAAAGUAAAGACUCGAGAAAGGGAGCAAAUCAAGUCGCUCAACAACCAGUUUGCCUCCUUCAUUGACAAGGUGCGGUUCCUGGAGCAGCAGAACCAGGUGUUGCAAACAAAAUGGGAGCUGCUGCAACAGGUAGACACCUCCACUCGGACCCACAACUUAGAGCCCUACUUUGAGUCCUAUAUCAACAAUCUUAGAAGGAGAGUGGACCAACUGAAGAGUGACCAAUCUCGGAUGGAUUCAGAAUUGAAGAACAUGCAAGACCUGGUGGAAGAUUACCGGAACAAAUAUGAGGACGAGAUCAACAAGCGGACAAAUGCAGAAAAUGAAUUUGUGACCAUCAAGAAGGAUGUGGAUGCUGCUUAUAUGACUAAGGUGGACCUUCAGGCCAAAGUUGACAACUUGCAGCAGGAAAUUGAUUUCCUCACUGCACUCUACCAGGCAGAGUUGUCCCAGAUGCAGACUCAAAUCAGUGAAACCAAUGUCAUCCUGUCCAUGGACAACAACCGCAACCUGGACCUGGACAGCAUCAUCGCUGAGGUCAAAGCGCAGUAUGAGGAGAUCGCCCAGAAGAGCAAGGCUGAGGCUGAGGCCCUGUACCAGACCAAGUAUGAAGAGCUCCAGAUAACUGCUGGCAAACAUGGGGACAAUCUGAAGAGUACAAAGAUGGAGAUUUCAGAGCUGAAUCGGGUGGCCCAGAGACUGCGAUCUGAAAUUGAUAGUGUCAAGAAGCAGAUCUCUGCGCUGCAGCAGUCCAUCAGCGAUGCCGAGCAGCGUGGUGAGAAUGCCCUUAAAGAUGCCCAGGGCAAGCUGGCCGAGCUGGAGGAUGCCCUGCAGAAGGCCAAGGAGGACAUGGCCCGCCUGCUGCGUGACUACCAAGAGCUGAUGAACACCAAACUGGCCUUGGAUAUGGAGAUCGCCACCUACAGAACCCUUCUGGAAGGAGAGGAAAGCAGGAUGUCUGGAGAGUGUGCCCCGAGCGUGAGCGUGUCUGUGAACACCAGCCACACCACCAUCAGUGGAGGUAGCAGCAGAGGAGGCGGUGGCUUCGGCUCCGGUGGCGGCGGCGGCGGCGGCGGCUAUGGUUCUGGAGGUGGCAGUUACGGCUCCGGAGGUAGCAGUUAUGGCUCCGGAGGUGGCGGCGGCGGCAGCUAUGGUUCUGGAGGUGGCAGCGGCGGAGGCUACGGCUCCGGUAGCAGCAGUGGAGGCCACAGAGGCGGCAGCUGGGGUUCUGGCGGCGGGAGCUCCGGAGGCCGGGGAUCCAGCUCUGGGGGUACCAAGACCUCUAGUGGCGGUUCCAGCGUGAAGUUUGUUUCCACCAGCUAUUCCAGAGCCGUCAGAUAA